AUGAGCUUAGAAAUGUCCGUCUAUCAAAAAGCAAGCGCAUCUAUCUAUCUAUCUAUCUAUCUAUCUAUCUAUCUAUCUAUCUAUCUAUCUAUUACCGUUCAGACACACGUUUUUUCGGUCACGAUUAACGAUUCCACUCUCAACAUAAAAUUAGCCGUACAUCUAUCUAUCUAUCUAUCUAUCUAUCUAUCCGUUUCGGCUCUUUCUAGAACGAUCUGUUCAGUAAUCAUGUACUUCUCUCUCUUUCUCUCUCUCUCUCUUUCUCCCUUGCACUCUCUCUUCCCUCUUCCUCUUUCUCUCUCUCUCUUUCUCUCUCUCUUGCUCUCUCUCCCUCUUCCUCUUUCUCUCUCUCUCGCCCUCUUGCUUUCUCUCCCUCUUUCUCUCUCUCUCUCUUGCUCUUUCUCUAUACCCCUAUAUCUGUGUUCUGCUACUUUUCUUCUUCUCCUCUUCCUCCUCCUCCUCUUCUUCCUCCUUUUUCUUCUUCCUCUCCUAUUUCAUUUUCUUCCUCCCUUUCUCUUCUUCCUCCUCCUCUUCCCUUUUCUCCUUCCUUUCUCCUCCUCCAUCUUCUUCCUCCAUUUUCUUCCUCCUCCUUCUUCUUCUACCUUUUCUUUUUCCCUACUCCUCCUACUUCAUCUUCUUCCUCUCCUCUUCCUUAUUUCCUCCUCCUCUUCCUACUUUUUCUUAUUUUUCUUCUUCCUUUUUCUUCCUCCUCCUCCUCCUCCUCUUCUUCUUCUUCUUCUUCUUCUUCUUCUUCUUCUUCUUCUUCAGCAACCUGUAACCAUUACCACACUGGUACAUCGCACUUCCUUUCUCUUUCUCCCCUCGUCUCUCUCCUUCUCUCUCUCCCUUCUUUUUCCCCUUCUCUCGGUCCUCAUUUCCCUUCUCUCUUCUUCACUCUCUCUCUUUCACCUUCACUCUCCCCACUUCUCUCUCUCCCCUUCUCUCUCUCCUCUUCUCUCUCUCCCCUUCUCUCUUUCCCAUUCUCUCUCUCCUCUCUCAAUUUCUCUCCUUCUCCAACUUCUUUCUCCUCUCCUCUCUCCCCUUCUCUCCCCCUUCUCCCCUUCUCUCUCUCCCACUUCUCUGUUUCCCUUCUCUCUCUCAUUCUCUCUCUGCCCUUCUUUCUCUCCUUCUCUUGACUUUAUCUCCCUCUUUAUUUUUCUCUAUGUCUACAUCUCUCCUUCUCUCUUGCUCCUUCUCACUCUUUCUCUCCCCGUCUCUCUCCUUCACUCUCCUUCUCUCCCCUUCUCUCUCUCCCAUUCUCCCCUUCCCUCUCUCUCUGCCCUUCUUUCUUUUCCCCUUCCCUCUCUUCUUCUCUCUCUCCUUCCCUCUCCUUUCCCCUUCUCUCUACUGGAAAGGCAGCAAUAUUUGAGAACAUUUUUUUAA